GAAAGUAUUUUGAGCAGAUCGCGCAGGAAACUGAAAACAGUGCCUGCAGCGUCCCUCCACCCCUGGAAACUGGUAGUCUCCUCUGCAGCCCCCACAUCAGACAAGUACGGAUCUGCUUUCUGUUAUGGCAAGUUCAUUUUGCCUGUAGUCAAAUUUUAUAUCAACAGCAGGUGGGCUGGCCAUCCCUUGUUCAUCCUGUCUGACCACCGUGAUAUCACCAAUGUAAUCAAUCAUUGUGAUGUUGUAUGGGAUGACCAGGCGAUCCAGAUCUCUUUGAACUACAUUGUGACAAAGGGCCGCCUUUGGGUGCCACACCCGAGAGGAUCCAUUGAUGUGCAGACGUGCAGAAGUUCUCGUCAGAGCUCUGGGAAGGCAGAGAAGCAGAGGAAGUCAAACCAAGUACGAUCCUAGGCCAACUCCAUGGCCCAUCGGGGCCAGCAGUAGAAGAUGGCAAAUGGAGGCAGCGAACUGAACUGCAGGAUGUUCACAGGAGAUGAGACCCCAGAGGCCCAGGGCCCAGAGGAGCAGUUUUUCUACGAACUCAUUUUCAGGCUCUUCAGAGAAAAUAAGGUGGAGAUUGCAAGUGCAAUAACGAAGCCAUUUCCUCUCCUUAUGGGCCUCCGCGACCGUGGCUUCAUCCCUGAGCAGAUGUAUGAACAUUUGCAAGAAGCUUGUAGAAAUCUGGUCCCAGUGGAGAGAGUGGUGUAUGAUGUUCUGAGUGAACUGGAGAAGAAAUUUGACAAGACAGUUCUGGAUGCAUUGUUCAGCAAGGUUAACCUAAAGGCCUAUCCUGAUUUACCUGACGUUUGCAGAAGCUUCCAAAAUGCAAUUCACGACAACCUCCGUUACCAACUUACUGAUGAUGAAGAGGCGAAAGAGAUGCUCAACUUCCAGUUAAGCUAUGAACAAGGUAACACCCUACCUAGAGCUAGAAUCCCAGAGCAUCUCAGUGAUGGGCAACAGAUGAGUACAAGAGGAGAAGGUUCAUCUCAUGGCCCAAAUAAUGCAGUGCAAACCCAGGAAAUGACAAAUGAAUAUACCCAAGAAGCUCAACAAGAAGUGGGCCAUGAACACUCACCUCUCCAAAUGAAUAAUGUAAGAGGGUUUGAAGUUACAACCAGCUUACUGCCACAUGAAGAUGUCCAUGGGAUUCCAUUACGUUUUGAAGAGGAUAGCAUAGCCUGUUGUGAACCUUGUGAUGGAGAUGAGCCUCAGGAAGCAUUGAGCUCCCCACCAAGUGGUGGGCCAGUGUCCUUGAAGAUUGUAGAUCUACAAAUGGAUGAAGGAGGAAAAUCAGAAGAAAUGCCCGUGUUACUACCUUAUGAUGGAGAAGUGAUCUGUGAUUCUGAAGCUCUGCAAAUGACUAAUGAAGGGCUGGAGAAGAUGCUUAGCCUUCUACCAGCUGAAGGAGAAGAGGACAGCAAUACCUGUUUGGAGUACUGUGAUCGAGAAGAACCCCAGGAACCCUUGAGCUCCCUACGAAGAUGCGAGUCAGUGUCCGGUGAUUGUGAAAGUCCCCAAAUGACCAAAGAACCAGAGGAGAUGCCUGGCCAACAACUAUGUGAUGGAGAAGUGUCUGGUGAACCAGAGGCUGUACAAUUGAAUACAGAAGGAGAUUCACAAGCGCAGACCUCCAGCCUACUACCCUGUGAUGGACAAGGUAACUAUGACUUAACAAAUAAUAAAGACAGAAUCAGAGUUCUGAUAAAGAGAAAAAGACAAGAGAGGAAAACAGGGAGACUCACAGGAAGAGUCGGAUAUGGAAGAUCA